AUGCAAUUGCCGUGCAUGAGCAAAGAAAAUUCCGUCGAACUGCGUCAAAUCGCGGACGGUGCAAUGAGACACGUUCACGCUCUCAAUGCGUUAGGGUGUCCAACGUCUCAGUGGGAUGACCUUCUCAUAUUCAUUUUGACCGAUAAAUUAGAUGCACGUACGUCUCGAGAAUGGCAAUCAUCUCUAGACACGCCCGAUCUGCCUACGCUACAACAAUUUAUAAAAUUCCUUACGCGUCAAUGUCAAAUGCUGGAAGCUACCAGUAAGGUCACGCCAAAUACAAAAAAUAACCCGCGUUCUCAAACGAGUCGUCAAAUCGCCUGCGCCGCCGCAACUACUUCAAAGUGCGGUCAUUGUAACGGUGAACACUCGAUAUAUUACUGCAAGGAUUUCUUGGCGCUUACAAUUCCGCAACGCGUUUCGGAAAUUCGUAAAAAGAAAGUUUGUGUCAAUUGUUUGCGUUCUACAAGUCAUGCUUCGAACAAAUGCCCUUCCGGCGAUUGCAAGAUAUGCAAAUCAGAACACAAUUCCUUGCUGCAUCUCACAGCAGCUCCCUCAACCGAACACACAAGCAGUGAUAAAGAAAAUCGCGAACCACCUGACGCGGCAAAAUCAUCUAAUAUUAUAGCAACGCAUAGCUUAAACGCACGCAGCAAUCAAGGGGUAAUUCUUUCUACUGCACUCAUACAUGCAUACGACAGAACAAGCUCACUCGUACCCUGUCGCGUACUCCUAGACUGCGGAUCGCAAGCAAGUUUCAUUUCGCGGAGCUAUUUAAAUAAACUCGGCAUUCAGCCACGGUCGUUAAAUAUUUCGAUCACCGGCAUCAAUGAUGCAUCUACUAAAGCAUCACAAAUAGCGCAGGUGCAAAUCAAAUCGCGAGUAGAUUCAUUUAUCGCUACAUUAGAUUGUAUAGUUACCGAUAGAAUAACAGACAAAAUGCCCGCGUACACACUCAAGCAAAAGGAUUUCGAAAUUCCGAGAAACAUCAAAUUAGCUGAUCCUAAAUUCAACGUAUCAGCUGACGUGGAUAUCCUUAUAGGCGCGGAAAUGUUCUGGUCAAUAUUAUGUAUCGGUCAAAUAAAGGCUUCAGCCAACCAUUCGAUCUUGCAAAAAACAAGAUUUGGAUGGAUUCUGGCGGGACGAUUAACUGCUUCUUCACACAAAUCGCAAUGCAUUCGAGCCUUUCACGCGACAAUAAGCAAUUCGCAGUUGCAUGCGCAAUUAACUCGUUUUUGGCAGCUAGAAACUGUUAGCAAUCCAAGACAUUACACCGACGAAGAAUCUCGUUGCGAAGAAAGUUUCUUAGACAAUUUUACACGCAAUGAUCAGGGUAGAUACAUUGUCAAACUUCCUUUCAAGGAUCAAGCGAACGGCAAACUCGGAAAUUCAAAAGAUUCUGCAUUGAAACGGUUCUAUAAUCUCGAGAAAAGAUUUAAACGUUAUCCGGAUCUUAAAGCUCAAUACGCACACUUUUUACGUGAAUAUCUCGCACUUGGACAUAUGAAACAAAUACACGAAUCGGUAGAUGGCUUAAGCGAAUCUUUCUAUCUUCCUCACCAUUGCGUAUUCAAGAGCGCGUCACCAUCUUCCGGUAUCCGCGUAGUUUUUGACGCGUCCAGUAAAAGCAGUACCGGCGUUUCUUUAAAUGACAUUCUCAUGACGGGCCCGGUAGUCCAGCAAGACUUAAUUUCGAUUUUACUGCGUUUCCGAACCUUUCGCUAUGUUUUCGUAGCCGAUAUUAUUAAAAUGUAUCGCCAAAUUCUUAUAGAUCCUUCCCAUGCGUGCUACCAACGAAUUUUGUGGCGGGAGGACCAGGCUUCAGAAGUACAAACAUUCGAGCUUGCCACCGUUACAUAUGGGGCCACCCCCGCGUCAUAUCUAGCAACAAGAUGUCUUAAGCAUCUUGCUGAAUCGAAUCGCGAUAAAUACCCAAUGGACUCCGUAUGCGUAGAGCGCGACCUUUAUGUUGACGAUUUGCUCUCGGGAGCCGAUACUCUAAUCGAGGCAGUCAAGGCGCGAGACGAGACCAUUAACUUGUUGCGAUUAGGAUGCUUCGAACUUAGUAAAUGGGCAUCAAAUUCUCCAGAAUUACUAAAAAAUAUACAUGAUCAAACUGAUAACACGGUCAUAAUCAAUCACGAAGCGAGUUCGCGAAUUUUAGGCAUGCAUUGGAAUCAAUCCUUGGACGAGCUUCACUUUUCUUACAUUCCUGACGCGGAGCAUAAGAAUUUAUCGAAGCGCGUUAUUCUAUCCGAAGUUUCGCGUUUAUUUGACCCCCUGGGUUUACUAGGUCCGGCCGUAGUCUUGUCAAAACUUCUGUUGCAAGAUCUGUGGCAAUUGAGCAUACACUGGGACGAAUCGGUCCCCCCAGAUAUCAGCACGCGCUGGAACAAACUCAAGUCUCAGUUCGAAGAUUUCAAUCGAUUAAAAAUUCCGCGUAUAAAAUUUAAUUCAGAGUCGCAAUCAACUCAGAUACACGGUUUUUGCGACGCGAGUCAACGGGCAUACGGAGCAUGCGUCUACAUGCGUACACAGAUAGGCCCGGAAGAAUUUGGGUGCAAGUUGCUCGCCUCAAAGUCUCGCCUUGCUCCUUAA